CGCGCACCGAAAACUGUCACGAGCACGUUUCGCCGCAGCGGGUCCGAUAGAGGGGGGAAGAAAACACGAAAAAGUGUCUUCACUUGUUUUUUUCCAGUGGUACCGUGGUUGCGUGCGGGCUUGUGUAGGGAAAUGGUUUUCUGUGAAGCGGUGAAUGAAAUUAUAUAAUCACACAGCUAGCGGCCGGAAGUAACAACUGUCGGGCGCCCAUUUUUCCGAAACCAAGCAAAAGGCGUAGCAACCAGCAUCAGCACCACCACCCAGGCGGGACGGCCUACUAGCCUCGUUCGACUUACAAUAUUGCACAAAUUGUGUGUCCGUACAUGUUGGGAUAAAAUCAUCCAAAGCAGGCGAUGACGACGGGUAGCACGGGAUCAACAUUCCCCAAAUGGCAGCUGGCGCUGCUGAUCGGUACGCCCGUGGCCAUCGGACUCGGCUACCUGUACUGGCGCAAAUCGGGCGACCAGGGCGGCGACAAGCUGACCAAGAAGCGGUUGGCCGACCUGAAGGACAAAACCAUCUCGCUCGAUGGUGACACGUCGGAGGCCGCCGGCAAGCAACAGCCGGCCGAUGCGAAACCGCUGACCGGGCGCGAUCUGGCCAACAAGCACAAGACGGACGGCAACGCACACUUCCGGGUGGGGAAGUACGACCUGGCGAUCCGGGAGUACGAUGCGGCGAUCGAGCACUGUCCCACGUACGAGGCGACGGACCGGGCCACCUACUACCAGAACCGGGCGGCCGCGUACGAGCAGCUACAGAACUGGGCGGCCGUCAUUAAGGACUGCACCAGCGCGAUCGAGUGCAAUCCGGCGUACGCGAAGGCGCUGGUCCGCCGGGCGAAGGCGUACGAGCAGCAGCAGGAUCUGUCGCGCGCGCUGGAGGACAUUACGGCCGCCUGCAUUGUGGAUCGGUUUCAGAACAAAGCGACACUGGUCAGCGCGGAUCGCAUACUGCGGGAGUUGGGCCAGCAGCAUGGGCGGGAAGCGAUGAAGAGCAAAAAACCGACCUACCCGUCGAAGCAGUUCCUCAAGAGCUACUUCAGCUCGUUCAACAACGAUCCCAUUGGCAAGCUGGUCGUGGCCAGCACGGAACAGAAGGGUUUCAUCAAGGCGAAGGCCCUGUUCGACAGCGCCGAGUACGAGGGCAUUGUCGCUGCCUGCACCGAGGAGCUGGAGAAGAGCGAGUCCGAGUCGGAGUACAAGCUGGAGGCGCUGCUGCUCCGCGGCACCUUCUACAACCUGAUCGCCUGCUACGAGGAGGCGAAACAGGACCUGGACGCGGUAAUUGAGCUGGAAACGGCGGACAAGCGGCUCCGCUCGAACGCCCUCAUCAAGCGGGCCUCGCUGGCCAUGCAAACGGAGCCGGAUUCACCGGGCGAAUGCUUCAAGUACUUUGCGCGCGCCGAAACGAUCGACAGCACGAACGGGGACAUCUUCCAUCACCGCGGCCAGGUGUACAUACUGACCGACCGGAUGGACGAUGCGAUCGCGGACUUUGAGCGAGCGUACCAGCUGUGCCCCACGUCCGGCAUCAUUGCGACGCACCUGUGCUACGCCUCGUACCGGCAGGCGGCCCAAAACCGGGACGAAUCGGCCAUCGGGCGCAUCCGCAAGCGGUUCAACGAGAUACUGGACCAGUACGCGGACUGCGUCGAGUGUUACAGCAUCCUCGCCCAGGUACUGACCGAGGAGCAGAAGUUCGACGAAGCGGACAGCUGCUUCGCCCGGGCACUGAAGGUCGAGCCGGACAAUGCGCAGAUCUACGUGCACCGGGGGCUGCUGCAGCUGCAGUGGAAGGGCGACAUCGACGAGGGCGUGAAGCUGAUCAAGAAAGCAAUACAGAUCGAUGGCAAGUGCGAGUUUGCGUACGAAACGCUCGGCACGAUCGAGGUGCAGCGCGGCAAUCUGGUCGAGGCGAUCAAGCUGUUCGAGCGGGCGAUCGAGCUGGCGCGCACGGAGAUGAGCCUGGUGCAUCUGUACUCGCUGAAGGAUGCGGCGGUCGCGCAGGUGGACGUGGCGAAGAACAUGGGCUUGAGUAUUAGCAACAUUCAGCCGAACUUUUAAGCGCAGUGUACCAGUACGUACCCACGAGAAGCAGGCCUUGGUUUUGCACGAUAAAGCGUUGUAAGGAAAGCUGCUGCCGCGGCGUACGCUUGUGGUGGAAUUGAUUCCACAUAAUUCCGACGACUCCCCUCCCCCCAUCCCCAAUACGUUUAUAAUUUAUCGUUUAGCGUGAAGCAUUAAUAGCAAGCAGUCAUGGUUGUAUGCAAUUGCAUUGGCUCACCUAAUGUGGUGUGUGUGCCCAAUGUGUUCCAUAUCACCAGUUUUGUUUUCUGUUUCUUUCGUCUCCCGGUGUUAUGCUUGAAUUACGUUGUGUGCAACAAUCGAAUAAAACGAGCCGGGAUUUAAUUUAGGUCAUACAAACAAACAAACAAAAAGGCAUAAUAGCAUAAUUGCAGUAGUUUUUCGAAAGAAAUCGCCCACUCUCGAACUCACACGUGAAGCAAAGGCACUAGAGAUGUUUAAGUACUAGAUAUAUGUGUUUUUAUUAUCCAUUGUUUACCGUUAGAAUACAUCAGUUUGUUUCUCGCCCCCUGCGUGUGUGUGUGAGGGUGGGUGGGUGUAGUGAGCGAUAAGUUAAAUGUAGCCAACUUAGUAAUUCCACCGCACACACAUACGCUGCUUCCCUUUCUUCAUGCUUCUUCCCUUAUAGCCCCCCGGACAACAUCUAAUCUUCUCCCCCUGCUGUAUCUGAGCGUCUGUAUGAGUGAGUGAGUGAGUGAGUGUGUAAAUAGAAGAUAUAAAUUUCAUUUAUCUCUCUACUCGUUGUUUUUUCCCUAAAAACAAAAAAAAAACUAUUAACCGCCUUUUCCCCCUUGCGCACACACAGUCACUCAGUAGUUCCCUUCCAUCACCAAAACAAACAAUUCCCACGUGGGAGGAGCGUUUUGGGUAUGAGAAAUCACGAAGGGAAUAAAAAAAAACAAAAAUAAACAAAUUUAAAUUCCUUUCCCGCGUUGCUGUACGGUUAAACGGGAAACAAAACAACAACAAAAAACACAAAGAAAAACAUACUUAAUAAUCAAUUAUAAAUUGUAUAAAUAAUCAAUAAAUAAAAGAAGUAAACAAAAGACGAAAAUCGCGCCGAGUCGGGGUGUCGUUUGAUUAGAAAGGAAGGAAAUAAAAAGGAAAAAAAAUAAUCACAUGUUUUGUUUGCACACACACAUUGUUGUUAUGUGUAGAAACAAA